AUGGAAGCAAAGUUAAAGAGAGAGCUGGGGACAGUCAUGCUGAAGCCAACUGGUCACACAGGAGGUGGAUAUAUCUGCGAGGGCCAGAGUUAUGAUACUGAUUAUGGAAGAGUGUUUGUGAAGAUAAAUCACAUGAGUCAGGCCAAAUUGAUGUUUAAUGGGGAAAUGGCCAGUUUAGAAGCCAUUUUGAAGACAGAAACUGUUAAAGUUCCCAAGCCUGUGAAGGUGAUUGACCUUGACACAGGAGGAGCUGUAUUAGUGAUGGAACAUCUGGACAUGAGAGGUCUUACCAAAUACUCAAAGCAACUUGGGGAGCAGUUGGCAGAUCUCCAUCUUCACAACAAGAGACAGUUGGAAAAAUUAAAUAAAGAGCAGCAGACAGUGGGAAAAGGGGCUGGGCAGUCGGAGGUGGCUGUUGUUGAAAAAUUUGGGUUCAAUAUAGCUACAUGCUAUGGAUUUUUUCCACAGGAAAAUGAAUGGCAGGAUGACUGGGUGACAUUUUACACCAGGCAAAGGCUGCAGCAUCAGCUUAACAUGGUGGAGAGAUCUCAUGGAGACAGGGAGGCCGGAGAAUUAUGGGCAAAGCUACAGCUGAAGAUCCCUGAGUUUUUCACAGAUGUGGAGAUUGUCCCUGCUCUCCUCCAUGGAGACUUAUGGGCAGGCAAUGUGGCAGAUUGCACAGAAGGCCCAGUCAUCUUUGACCCUUCUUCCUACUAUGGCCAUUCAGAGUAUGAGCUGGGAAUUGCAGGGAUGUUUGGCGGCUUCAACAGUUCUUUUCACUCUGCUUACCAUGACAAAAUCCCGAAAGCUCCAGGCUUUGCAAAGAGAAACCAGCUUUACCAACUUUUCAACUAUCUGAAUCACUGGAACCACUUUGGUGAUAGUUACAGAAGCUCUUCAAUAAGUAUUAUGAAGAAGCUACUGAAAUAACUGCACUGACAGCCAGCUGUAGAAAGCCACACAGAGGUUCUUGAGUGAGAAAGUCAUCCACACAGUUCAUGACAUCUUAAAUAAAGGCUUAGUCUUAACCUUGAGCCAAGUGCUAAAUGUAUAUAUUGACAUUGAUAUGACCAAUUAUAGUUUUGCUAAUUUUUUUAAAGAAAUUAAACAUUACAUUCUUAACAUUGUAAUUUCUGUUAUUGUGUAGAAAUUACAGAUUCAACAAGACCAUGUACCCUCCUUGGCCCAUCUACACUACACCAACCAAAAUGCA